GUGCUCGUCGCGAGCAGACGAUAACAACUCGUUUAGCGGGUCGCCGCUGUCGCUGCUUUAUGCGGAAGGUAAACAAUGAACCCCUUCCCCCCGAAAAGAGAAAGUUUAAAACUCAUUGCCUGAGGGGCAGGUGACAGAAGGAGUCAAGGGUGGCAAGAAGCAGCGAGGAUGUUUGUAGGGAGGUGAUAGGUGGUGUAUGUAUUACGCAUGUUUGUGUCCAACGGCGCCACGUAAACAUCGGCUCUAGCAGGUGAGACCACCCCCUCCCCAGCCCACCUCCCAGUUCUGUUGUGCAUGGAGCAGAUGCCAAGGUGCUACACGAUGAGCCCCCCACCUCGCGGCAGGUGACUGCCUGAGUCAAGGGUUUGUCUCAUCGCCGGCCAGCGCACCAAACCCGACAUUUCUCAUUUGUCUCCGAGCUCCAGCGUUCACAUCCCGACAUUUCUCGUCGUGGCUCCGAGCUCCAGCGUUCACAUCCCACUCAGCGCUGUGAAGACCAGAAAGCUGGUGACUAAAGCUGACGAGGUUGUCGGCGAUAUCAUUAGUCAACACUGUGCAGGGGUUAGUGCAACUGUAAGGCAGAUGUUCCAAGAUGGGGAAAUUGAAAACUUUUGAGAUUUUCGUAGACAACCAAGAUGGACAGGUGGCAGCCGGAGAGACUUUACGAGGAGAGGUUGUCUUGGAAACAACAGAAGACAUCGACGUCGUAGAGAUCCGGGUGGAAUUCAAAGGCAGAUGUCAGGUGCAGUGGGCAGACCCCAAGUCGUCGACCCCGAUGGCGGAGAUUCACGCCACCGCCGUGGAGCCGGUGGUUGCGGAGGAGGAAUACAUCAACGACUGCUUGAAGUUGUUCCCAGGGCAUGAGUGCACUGACGACAGCACACCUUUGAAGAAAGGCAGUCACACCUUCGACUUCCGGUUCCAUGUUCCCGCCCACGCCCCCAGCUCCUUCAGCGGCUCGCAGGGUCACGUGCGCUACAGUCUGCGCGCAGCCGUGGAGAGGACGUGGAAAACGGAAGUCAACAAGCGUGACGUCACAGUCGUCUCUCACCUUGACCUCAACACUGUUCCGGCUGCAAAGACUGCGGUGUUCGUGUCGGACACCUUGAAGCUGUCUUCCUUCUUGUUUCCCUCCGGCGAGUGCGCCGCCACCAUGGAGGUGAGCAAGAAAGGCUUCACGCCAGGGGAGGCCAUCCCCGUUGAUCUGAGUAUUGAUAAUCGAACUCACCACGAGCUGUACAAGGUCAAGCUGCUUCUCCGAAUGAUCACACAGUACCGGGCGUAUGGCGACAAGUUCAACGGGCAGGUGGUGCUGGCCAAGUCUCGUCUCGGCAAGAUCCCGGCAGGACGCAGCUUCCAGGGCUGUGACCGCAGUCUGCGAGUUCCUCUCUGCCCGCCCUCCAGGUUGCCCGGAUGUAACCUCAUCAGCGUGUGCUACCAGUUAGAGCUGAAGAUCCGGCCAGCCAUGCUGACACUCAAGCGACUGCGCCUGUCGUCAGAGAUCAUCGUCGGCACCAUCGCCGUGGACAGGUCGCUGCAGACAGACAGGCCCCCCGACUACUGGACCAGCCCACCGCCGAGCUACGAGGAGGUCAUUGCAAGCGACAGAGUCCGGUCAGCCUCGCUUCGAUCUCUGGAUGGUGUGACCAUCCCCCCAGCGCCACCAGCAAUAACGAUAACACCAACAUCACCGACAUCACCAACAACGCCGUCGGCGCCAGGCUCAAACGACAUGGACGACACGACGACGACGACGGAGUGCCCCGCCCCUGCACCAGAAUCCGUGUCCACGUCAUCACCGGCAGGCCACGCACGCGCCUUCCGCAAGAGCAUGUCCACGUGGGCAGAGACGUCACGUCCUCUCAAGAACGACAACCUUCGCCUGACCGUCCUCAAGACCCGCCUGUCGGAUGACUUCCCCUUUCACCUGCGGCCCCGCGCCAACACCGAAGGGACGCUGGACACCUGUCGGACACCAGGAAGAUGACUAGAGGACCGUCUGGGUGAAGCAGGGGACGCCACUCUCACAACUUCCACCACCUCCAUCGAUUCGACUGACUCACUCUGAGGCUACCUGUCCAUGGCAGGAUCUGAUACAAACGGUUCUUGAAAAUCUGAUCCUGGCUCAGCUUUCUGGCUGUCAGACCUUCCUGACCUACUGACAAAUGUGUGACUAUGACAUGUCAGACAUGUCAGCAAAUGUCACACUGAGUGACAUGUUGCAGAUGGAGGUCUGGCUAAGGCAGCCAGUCAGCUUUAGCCGGUUGCUAAGAGUAACCUCAGGAUGACAGUCACUGAAGUAUCUCUAAACCAAAGGUCAGGAGGAAGUGCAGAAGUCAAGAGGUGAGAAGCUUUGUACCUGGCGACUCUUACUCACUCAGACGGUUUCCAUGGUGCUCGAGACCUCACGACAGGGGGACUUCAUGGUGAAAUGUAUUUAUGGUCUGUAGUCUGACUGUCAACAGGACAACAGUUGUAACACUGACCUCAUCCUAAUUGUAGCCAUGACAAUCCCUACAACACUCUUCCUAUUACAAAGAUAUCUCUUCAAACGAUCAGUUACUUUGAGUAUCUUAUUUCUAGUCAGGUUCUGAUAAGCUGCUCAUCACCUCAGCAUAGGGUGAGCUGUGUUGAGUUUAUCCAGCAUGAUCCUGGCUCUGCCAUUUGUGUCAGAGACAAUGAAUUGCAGAACAGAACUUCAUGUGUACAUCACCGGGUGGAUGUUAUAGAAAGUUCUAGAAGCUCCAGGAGGAUUCCGUACAACAAGCUUGCACUACUGAUGAUAGAGAAAGAUAACUGGAGGCUGGUGUGAGUGGUACAUGAGGCCAGAAAGGUUGUGACCCCCCAAUACAGCAAACUGUGUGACUUGCAGUCACGUGAUGUCAUGUGAUCACUGCGCCGUUGACACCUGACACAGAUCAUCAUUCAUUCUCCUUCUGUCUGCAGACUACCAUCCACCAUUUACAAUAUAUCUUGAUAAUCAUCAUGUACACUACUUGACAGACAGUUAUGAGCUGUACAUGUAUGAUUCUGUCUAUAUAUAUAAUAUUAUUAUAUCUUUCAUUUUCUGUGAGAUUCCUGUAUUGUCGUCAGACUCCAGCUCAGCCGAGAACAACUAGUGUUCGAUGACUAAAGACAUUUUGUUUCCAUUGUAAGUGGAAUGUGUGUCUACUUCAACUGUAUAAACCUUUUCGUUAAUAUAUCUUUAAAUUAUUUCUAGCUCCCUCUCUUGUAGAAUUUGUAGUAAAAACCUUUUGUUCAACUUCAGGCGGGCAAAAGUUUUCUUUGAUGGUUGUCUUGUUGAACAUUCACAUUCACACUCCACAUUCACGUGAACACACAUCCCAAAGCUAUUUUUAGACGCAGUUUUUUUUUUUCAAUAUUUUCUGUAAAAAAAAAUUUCGAUCUGUAGAAUUAAUGUCCAUAACCUCUGUUAUUGAGAGGAGUGGGAAUGAUACAAAGAUAAUAAUCGGUAUGUUGAUAAACGGAGCACCUGUCAAACAGGUGUUGUCUGCCACCUGUAAUGUCAGACAUGUUAACAACUGUAACGCUGGUGCUUGAAGGACAAUCUGUAAAAUUCUUCAUUUGUUUUUAAAUAGUAUUUUUCAGUAUCAGUGCAGAUUAGUUUGCUUCUCCAGCCUCUUGUUUUGUUACAUGUUAAUAAAACUUGAAGCUUGGUUAUUAUU